AUGAUAUAAGUUCUGGAUCAGAAUGAUAGAGAAAUAUACAAAUAUCCAUUGAUAUAGGGGGAAAAUAAGUUUGGCAGUGAUUCUAAGAAAUGUAAACACAUAAUUAAAAAUGUUCAAGAUGUACUCUUCUCAGUCGUAAUCUAAUUCUUAAAAAUUUAGGCUUUACUUAAUAAAGAUGUAUAUUUCACUCAUUUUAGCACUUCUGAUUAAAUUUUUAAAGAAGCAACUUUAUCUAAAGAUCAAAAAGUAGAGAUUCCAAAAAAUUUUAUAAUUGAGAUGAUUCCAUUCAGAAACUACUAUUUUUUAAAUUUUAAGUUCAAAUUACAUAACUUUGUUGAUAAAGCUUAUUUAAAUAACUAAAUAAUCUUAGAAACAACAUAAAUAUUAGAAGAUUUUGGUGGUACAAUGACUUUGGAUGAUAUUUUAGAUAGUCCUUAAGAAAAUACAACUAAAAUUUCAGCAGCUUAAUAAAUAUCAACUACAUAAAUUCUAAGUUCCUAAGAGCCAUUAGUGUCUUCUACAUUAAUUUUAAAUGAACAUGAUUAAUCUACCCUAUCAAGUUUAAAAGAACUAAUCACACAAUAUUCAAAGAUAAAUUAAAUGAUAAGUUCAAAUUCUUCUACUAUUGAUACCUCAACAUAAACAGACAAUAUGGAAGUAGAACCUAAGUAAUAGAAGACUAGAACUAUAUUUAGUGAGCUUUUUAAGUCUAAAAAAUAAACUUCGUAGAUAUAAAAUCCAUUUAAUAAAUAUUAGUAUCAAUCUACACAAAUUGAUUAAACAAUUCUUGAUUCCCAAAUAUAAAAAAUAAUUCCAGAAGAUAUUCAAGACUUUUAAUUUUUAAAUAAAAAAGAAGAAUAUAGAGGUACAAUAUUUGAUGAAGAUUUGGAUAAAGCUUUUUCUUCAUCAUAAAAUAACAAUAGUAUUAAGCAAUAGGAAUCUUCAUUCAGACGUUUAAACAGUAUUUAAUCAGACAAUGUUUAAAUAACAUUUUCAAAACAAGAAAAUAAUUAUUCAAAAAUUGAAUUAAAUGAUCUUUUUGGAAGUUUACCAGAAAUACCAAAUUAAUAAAUUUAAUAAUAACCAAAAAUAAUCAAAAAGUUUAACUUAUCUAAGUCUAAUAUUUUAAAUAGUAAGUAUGAUGAUACAUUAGAAGAUAAGAAUAAAUCGUAAGAUCAAAAAGAAUAAACUCCAUUAAAAGUUAAAAAUUAGAAUUAAAAAUUAACAUCAUAAAUCUGGAAAGCUGGAAAAAAACAAAGCAAAGGUGAAUUAAAGAAAGUAGCAUUAUUAAAGAAAAUAACAGAUGAAAUAUCAGAUUAAACUUCUGAAGAACCUGUAUAAUAUAAAUAAAAUUUCAGACAUGCCAAUUCAAUGGAAUUACCAAAAACAAAGUUAUUUUAACAAAAUUUAUCUAUUAUAAAAAAAUAAAAGGGAAAUCAAAAAAAAAUUGAAUAAAAAGAUAAAAUUAUCCGUUUAAUAGCAUUUAGUGGAUUUUAAUAACAUGAAAUACCAUAAAAAAGUGAUUUAAAAAUAUUAGGUUUAGAAAUUGUAAAUAAUCAAUUGGAUUAUUUUGAUUUGCUAAUAUUGAAUAAUCCUCCAAAAAGAACUUUCAAAUUUUUAAGUGCUUUGAUGCUUGGAGCUGAAAUUGUAACAUUAGAUUGGUUAACUAAUUCGCUUUAAUAAGGGAAUAUAAUUAAAAAUUACUAGGAUUACAUUCCUAGAAGUGAAGAGUUUUAAAAUUCUUUUGGAUUAAGCAUUUAGCAAAUCUUAUAAAGUAGGAAUUCCUAUUUUGAAAUAAAUUAAAAUCUAGUAAAAAUUUUUGAAGGGAAAUAUUUUGUUAAAGUUGAUGUUACACCUUCAAAAGCUGAGAUUGAAUAUCUAAUUAAAUUAGGAGGUGGAGAGAUACUAUAAAAACCUGGUAAAAAUGUGAUCACCAUAAGCGAUAUUAAGUUAGAUAAUUCUAUGCCAUCAGAUUAUAUUCUCGAUGGAUGUAUGUUUCAAUAAUGA